AUGCUCUCCUCUCUUGACCCCGGCACUCGAAAGAACUAUGGCACUGGUCUGCUGCAUUUCACACAAUUCUGCGACUGCCUUGCAAUCUCAGAAGACCUCCGCAUGUCCGCGGCGGAGCCGCUCUUAGCCGCGUUCAUUGUGCAAUGGAGCAGGAGUGUCGCGCGAUCAACCGUGGACACCUGGAUGGUGGGUCUGUCCUUCUGGCACGCAUUGCACGGUGCCCCAUGGCAAGGUGUGAAGAUGCUAAAAGUGACCUGCGCGGCCAUUUCGAAGACUGCGCCGGCUUUAAAGGAGAAGCAUGCGCUGGUCACUGUCGAGCAUUUAUACGCGUUGCACGCCAAUCUCGACUUAUCCGACUCGUUCGAUGCCGCUGUGUAUGCAGUGGCAUGCAUUGCAUUUUGGUGCUGUCAUCGACUUGGUGAGCUAGUCAUCCCCUCUGUGGGUGCGUUUGACCCAGUCAAGCACGUCGUGCGCGCGGUGCCCGUUGCUUAUCACACACUACCAGGAGGUACUCAGUACACCGUAUUCCAUGUGCCCUGGAUCAAGACGACUAAGCAGCUCAGCGCUGACAUCAUCGCCACUGAAUUUGGCGACCCCAGCUCUGCUGUCAUCGCCUUGCGCCAUCACCUACAGGCAAACGCCCGUGUGCCUGCGCAUGCACCAUUCUUCGUGUUCGAAACAAGUGACACCGCGGGUUGGGCACUGAUGACGUGCGAUUGGUUUCUCAAUCAUGUCAACGUGGCCUGGGCAGCAGCCGGUUUCGAGCACCUCACCAGACAUUGCUUUCGUAUCGGUGGUGCGACCGAGCUGUUGCUUCGCGGUACUCAUCCGGAUGUCGUUGCCACGCAGGGCAGUUGGAAGUCGCGUGCUUUUCUCGAGUACUGGCGGAAGAUCGAGUCCAUAUUACCUCUCUUUAUCUCACAAUCUUUUACUUUCUCUCGUUUGCAGCUUACUUCCUCUGCGAUGGACUCAUUCAAGAAGAAAUAUUCUCUGUAG